UGCACACGAAAAGGUUUUCGAAAAUAAAAAUUUUGCAUUGUGCAACAAAACGACUGCUGAGAAGGUUGUUCAAAUACGUGAAGAAGAGAAGAAAAGAAAAUCAAUUUAACAAGAACAAAUUGCUACUAACAAUGACAGAACCAAUAAGUAUUGACCUCGGUUCAGUUGGCGAUGUGAAAGCAUUUAUUAGUGACGAGGCUCCGAAAAAUGGAGAUCUGGAACUCCAUUUUCAAUACACUCGUGGUCCUGCAGCGAGUCAACUGAAACGACUCCAGCAAGUACUGCGAACUGUGGGACAUCGUACCAAAUUUGUUGGACUUUUAAUGAUGGGCGCAAUGAAUAUGGACGAGAUCCACAUGGAAACGAUCAAAUCGGUUGACAGCAAUUGUCCUAACCUAAAAACAUUUUAUGCAGCAGGACUGUUCACUCGAGACAAGCGAUUCAACCAUCAAACAUUGAAGAAGUUCUUCGGCCGAUUGGAAAAUAUCGUUUUACAAAUGGGCGGUAUUGACGGUGUUGGUGUUUUCUCUGAUUGUAAGAAGCUGAAAGAAUGGACACAGGAAAUCUUUUACGGUUUCGAGGGCGAAUGCCUAAAUUUCAAUUUUCCCGAACUUCGAUCGAUCAACUUUUCCAAAGUUGACAACAUCGAUAACCAGCACCUGGAACCGUUUCUGUCAAAGAAUCCACAGCUGAAACGCAUAACGUUGACACGCUGUACUAUCGACACUGAGAUACUUGAGCUGAUCGCGAAACAUGUCCCAGCCAUGGAGGAAAUUUCAUUCAAUUUCCGGCGUUCGUUGGUCUGUCGAUCUGACAUGCAGAAGAAUUUGAAGUACUUGUGCGAAUUGGAGCACUUGAAAGCCUUGAACUUGGACUGUGUCGGUGCACCUAUAGCAGGUACUCUAAAGAAAAUGGCUGAAAAGAGCCACUCAUUGAACAGAGUUGGACUGUUCUGUUGUCCAUGGGAAAGUAAGCUUAUUGAAGCGUUUGCCAGUCUGAAAGACUUGACAAGUCUGCACCUAUCGAAUGUCACUGGCCUAAAUGACGAUUGUAUGAUACAACUGACUGGAAGUGUAGGUGGAUUGAAUGACUUGACGUUGAAAUACAUUGAGAAUAUCACCAUGGAUGGUGUGAUUACAUUAAUGAUUGGUUGUCAGCGCCUGACAACAGCCACUUUGCUGUUACGCAGAAUGUCAACAAUUAGUACCGCACGGUACCAUAUGCUUCUCGAAGCGAUGAAAAGUCGUCCAGAAAAAAUCAAACUGACUGUUAAUUUGUGGGGAUCGAAGAGUCCUCUGAAAUUGUCAAAGGAUAUGCUAAAACAAAAUCUCGAAUUUUUGGAGAUUCUGUCGAAUGAAGAUGAGUUAAAUAGCAACAUUAGUUUCGACUUUUACUGUGAUUCAGUUGACGGUGGAUAUGAUCUGGUGUGUUAUUCACCAUCGCAUUUUCUGGGAGGACGACAAGCGCCUGGCGGUCCACAAAGUUGCAAUGUUAAUUGAAUGUCAUUUACGUUGUGUUUGAAACUUUCGUUACGUUCUAAUUUAAAAUGAUAAUAAAGUGUCUGUGCUCCAGACCGUAUGUGAGAAUUACAAG